AUGCCUCGUCGAAAUUCAAAAACUAUAGUAUCUACUCGAAAGAUCGAGCAGGACCCGUCCUCUGAGGUCGCAUUGAGAUCUGUACAGCUCUUUCGAAGGCUUCCAAAGGAUGUUCUUCGCAGGAUACUCGUAAACCUCCGCCAACUCGCUCCACCGCAUCGCAUCACUUCCCGAGGCUCCUGUCAGGGUCCAUCUGGUGUCAAUGUACCAGAGGUGGACAUGUUGCAUCUGGGAUGGAUAUUUGCCACUCAAGUCUGUCGCGAAUGGAGAAAGGUAGCCCUGGGCUGUAAGACACUAUGGACGUACAUCGACCCUGCCGUUCUAGGAGAAGAGUGGUCGCGAGAGAUGCUUCGCCGGUCGAAUGGCGUGCCGCUGACCCUUCGACACACCUCUUCAUCUUUGAUUCACGGUAAACUGCGCAAAUUCACGCUCAAGCUUCCAACUCGCCCGAAGAUCCGUGCUCUCGAAAUAGACCUCGAACGUUUCCAUGUCGCCAACGACCCCACCCUCGACCAACUUGAGAAAACCCAACCCCACCUCGAACGGCUCGAGUUCCAUGCACACGAGUCCGUGCCUACCAUUGAUAGAUCAGAUUACUUCCGUAUGCCUCUUACCUGGCUCGGGGGCGCCUCUGCACCUCAACUUCGCUGGUUCUCACUCUUGAAUGUUAUUCCCGCGUGGAACUCCCCCAUCUUCACAACAUCGGCUCUCACCUCCUUGUCUAUCGGGUUCAGCUGCAGCGCGGCUUUCGAGGAGAGUCGGAGAGAGAUAGAAUCUCGCGUACGUACACCUGCCGAACAGCUUCUUUCAACCCUCAGAAUCCUGUCGCACUCGCUAGAGGAUCUGGAGCUCCAGAACUGUAUGCCGCUCCAAUGGCCUGUUAGGACAGCAGGUGCCCCCUUGGUCGUCCUUCCUCGGUUGGAGAGUCUCAAAGUCACUUGCGAUAGACUCGAUGAUGUCCUCCGCUUUUAUGAGCAGCUGGUGCUUGGGAAGGCACUGUCUGUGCUACAUAUCGACGCGACGCGCAUUGGCCCGCUGUUCGAUACACCCGAGCUGGCCUAUGAUCGCGUCUUUGGUCUAGUGCAGUCAUUGUGCUUUCCUGCAUCUGUGAUCUCGAAGUCAAUCUUCAACGAACUUCUCUUCAAGUACACCCAUCAUGGCUCCACCCCCUAUGACAAUACGGCCACUAGCACACUCAUGAUCCAUCUCGGGUCCGGCAUACUGCCUCGUCCUCUUCCCUCUUUGCCUCUCCCAGGUUGUAUCCGUCCACCCGAAGUACGACUUUCCCUCCCAAUACCUGACCGUUCGAACGACAAGGUCGCCAACGUCACACUCCUUCGUCUUAUCGACAUCGUGCCCGCGAACUGGAAGACUGUCAAGACGCUAGCGAUGUACUCUGCCUACCCCAGCCAUAAUUUCUUCGUGGGUCCACGCCCGUCAUUCAGAUGGAGUAUCCAAGACACUGAGAACGCUGUGGAGCGCCUGAGCGGGCUGCAAAACAUCUUGUGCGGCCAUCAAGUCGCAGACAAAUUCCUGGACACCUUGUUGAAGAUCAAUAUACUCGAGUCACAGCCUCUGCCUUCAAGCCUAGGCCACGUUAAUACUGGCGAUAUAUCGGCGCGGCAACGAGCUUGCCUGCCUGGUCUUCAACGCCUCUUCCUCUUCGAACCCGAUCUCUCUCGUACAUUGACGGUCGAAAAGCGGUUAGGCAACACUAACGACACGUUUACGCUAGUACCCGGUCAAGAACGUACGCAGCUACGCAAGAAGCUGCCCCGCGUUAGUGAAGACCAAAGUGGCAGUACCACGGGGAUAUUGAGUCGCUUGAUCGACGGGCGCAGGGGAUUGGGUUCGACUCUCGGUGCGGUGCAUUUGUUGGUAACGAAAGCGACGUCGAGAACAGAUAUUGAAAGGGUUAGGAAUACCUUGGAGAGAAGUGCGGGUACGGAAAUCAUUGUGGAAAAUGUGGAGGACACCCAAUUUUGGGCUAUAGCCAAGAGGGACGAUUAG